UCUUCAUCGAGAGAGAGAGAGAAACCCUAAUGGCGAUUUCAAUGCUUGACCUCUUGUCUCUUACCUUCUUGUUAGGUCUGAAAUCUAUUUCCGCAACCGUCUUCACACUGGAGAAUCGCUGCAGCUACACAAUUUGGCCGGGAAUUCUUUCCGGCAACGGCGCCGCCUUCGGUGAUGGUGGUUUUGCCCUUCCUCCCGCUGCGUCCGUACAGUUUCCGGCGCCUCCCGGCUGGUCAGGCCGGUUCUGGGCCCGAACCGGCUGCAACUUCGACGGAUCCACCGGAACCGGUCGAUGCCUCACCGGAGACUGCGGCGGAACCCUAAAAUGCUCCGGCGGAGGAAUCCCACCGGUCUCCCUCGCUGAAUUCACCAUCGCCUCCUCUCCCGGAGAGAAGGACUUCUACGACGUGAGCCUCGUCGACGGCUACAACGUCGGAAUCGGAAUCCGACCGAUCUCCGGCGUCGGAGACUGCCGAUUCUCCGGAUGCGUGGCGGAUCUGAACGGGAAUUGUCCGGCGGAGCUGCGGGUGGUGGAUCCGAGCACGGGUCUGGUGGUCGCGUGCAAGAGCGCGUGCUCGGCAUNCGAGUCGCCGGAGUUUUGCUGCACCGGCGACCAUGCGACGCCGGAGACUUGUCCUCCGACGCAGUUCUCGGCGAUCUUUAAGGCGGCGUGUCCCGGCGCGUACAGCUACGCGUACGACGACGCCACGAGUACUUUCACUUGUUCCGGGUCGGAUUAUUUGAUCAGCUUUUGCCCAAACGGGUCGUGAGAUUUAUUUUAUUUGUGGGUUGUAGGAAAAAAAGAGAAAUUGAGAAAUUUAUAUAUACAGCGAGUAGAAAUAGACAAUGAGUUUCU